AUGGCUCUUGACCGCCGGGCAGGGAUACUUUUAAUAGCCAUCGAAAUAAUAAUGAUUCCAUUAUUCGCUUUUCAACUGUACUAUGGGAGAGAUGCCGACCCCGUUGCUUUGAAAGCGAAAUCAGCUCAUCUUUCAUACUACCCAAUGUUUCAGGACAUACAUGUUAUGUUACUCGUGGGAUUUGGAUUUCUUAUGACAUUCCUUCGUAAAUAUGGAUUUAGCUCAGUUAGUUUUAACUUCCUCCUCUGUGCAGUAAUGAUGCAGUGGGGUCUAUUGAUGCAAUCACUUUUCAAAGGCCCAGGAAUAACAAUUAUCAGUUUGAUCGAGACUGACAUUCUGGUUGCUGCAGUACUCAUUUCAUUUGGCUGUAUUCUUGGGAAAACAUCACCAAUUCAGAUGGUCUUAGUGGCAUUUUUGGAAGUACCGGUUUACUUACUCAAUGCACACAUUGGGGAUAAAAUAAGUGUUUCAGAUCCUGGAGGUUCAAUUUUCGUUCAUGUAUUUGGAGCUUAUUUUGGAUUAUCUGUAUCUAGGAUACUUGGAAAACCUAAAUGUAAUAAUUUGGAAGCAACAAGCUAUACUUCUGAUAUGUUUGCUAUGAUAGGAACCUUAUUUUUGUGGGUGUUCUGGCCAAGUUUUAAUGGUAUCUUUACUAAUACCGAUGAUGAACAACAGCGAGCAAUCAUCAAUACAUAUAUUUCAUUAACAGCAUCAUGUGUAACUGCGUUUGCUGUUUCAAUCCUUACUGACAGUAACAGAAAGCUAACAAUGGGUCACAUUCAAAAUGCAUCAUUAGCUGGUGGUGUUGCAGUUGGAACUGUUACAACUUUGGUUAUUCACCCAUUUGGAGCACUCAUUAUUGGUGUUGGUGGAGGUCUCAUUUCCACUCUAGGUUUUGUAUAUGUUCAAAAAUGGCUCGAAAGGCGAACUGGUCUUCAUGACACAUGUGGGGUUCAUAACUUACACGGCUUACCUGGAGUGUUUGCUGGUAUCACUAGUGCUAUUGUAGCCGCGAUUGCUACUCAGGAAGUAUACGGACCAAGAUUAUUUUUAAUAUAUAAAGCAAGAGCUCCAGAAGCCUUUACAUCAGAACUUAAAGAAAUUCAACAUCAACUCAUUCAGGUCCUACCUGGAGAGGACCGAUCUGCACUAGGCCAAGCGGUUUAUCAGCUUCUUGGACUUGCUGUUACUUUAGUUGUUGCUGUAACCUCUGGAAUCUUUACUGGUUUGAUUUUAAAAGUGACAAGCCGUUGGACUGGUAUAGUGCCAGAAGAAUAUAUUCACAACGAUGAACUAUACUGGAAUAUGGAACAGGAAGAUGAUAAGAAACCCAGGACUCUCGAGCUUGAGACUGAUAGUAACAACAGACUGAAUGUUGUUUAA